AUAUAUAAAAAAGCAAAAAGGAAUUUUCUUUUUCUUCGAAUCUCAUUCGUCCAAUUCGCGCGUUAGUCCUAAGCCAUUUGUUCUUCAUCCUCUUUCCCCAAUCAAAACCUAAAUCUAGAAGCAGUGAGCUCGCCAAUCGAAUCAAAUCUUUGCGCAGGUAGCAGCAAAGAUAUAGAAGGUUCGAAGGGCGGAAAAUAUGUCUGAUGAGCAAAGAGUUCACCCGGAUUGCAGAAAUGCAUCCAAUCCAUACCAUGAAUGCAGCGAGUAUUGCUUUACAGUUAUUGCCGAAGCCAAGGCUCGAAUGCCUCAAAUCCAAUCAGAUCCUGAAGAACAUGCUGAUGAUGGCGAUGCCUAUCCUCAAGAACAUGCUGAUGAUGAUGAUGCCCAUCCUCUCGAGGAGAAUAUAGAAGGAGACUUCCAAAACUUAACAGGGAGGAAGAGAAAAUUGGCAGAAUUGAGGAAGAAAUUGGGUGAGGCAAAGAAACAAAAUCAAACGGAGAUUACGGCCGAAAAGAAAAGACUGGAACCCCGACAUGAGUCCAGGGGAAUUUCGAAACAAAAAUGGGUUGAAGAGAGGAAGAAAAGAAUCGGCAAACUUCUAGAUGCCAAUGGUUUGGAUAUGAAAAGUGCAUACAUGCUAGAUACGCAAGAGAUGGCAGAGGAAAAAUAUAAGAAAUGGGAAAAGGAUCCUGCCCCAGUUGGCUGGGAUGUUUUCAAUCAGAAAACUCUGUACAAUGCAUACAAAAAGCGGACGAAGAACAUUGAUAUUGACUUGGAAGAAUACAAUAGGAUGAAAGAAGCUGAUCCGGAGUUCUAUCGUGAAGCUUCCAGCCUCCAAUAUGGGAAGGCUCCAAAGAUAUCAGAGGAUAAACUUGACAAGAUGGUGAAGGAACUCAAGGAUCGGGAAGAGAAGAAGGCUUCCUUCAGCAGGAGGAGGAGGUUCCACGAUGAGAAAGAUAUUGACUCGAUCAAUGACCGCAAUGAGCAUUUCAACAAGAAGAUUGAGCGAGCCUUUGGUAAAUACACGUUGGAAAUCAAAAACAAUCUUGAGCGCGGAACUGCAUUGCCCGACUAAGGUAAACGUAGCAAAAUGCACUGCCUUUUGAUGUUUGUCUAAUUGUGAAAGUCAACUGGCUGACGGGAACUUAUGAUUCCCUCGGCUUACUGCUACUGGCAGCUUCGGUGCCGAUGAAUUGUAAUAAUAGAAUACAUGUUGGAACUAAGGUGAAAUGGUUUGUGAUAUUCAGAUUUUGUUCUAGUUGAA